GCGGCUCGCCAGCAGUCGUCCGUCUGUCGAGAGAGCGUGUUGAGGACGAUGUUGUGCGACGUGUGCGAGAGUCGACGACGACGACGUUUCGUACCACGACGAGACCCGUCGACGAUGUACUGUCUACGUAGAAACGUCGUGUUCGCGUAACGCGAAUCGAAAAAACGAAACGAGAAAAUAAGUGUGAAUAAUUACACGCUAUACCAUCCCUAAACAGAGUCCAUGCGCUCUUCAUAGCCAUGGCUUCAGUGAAGGUAGCCGUAAGAGUUCGUCCUUUUAACAAAAGGGAGCUGGCGAUGAAUGCGAAGAUGAUCGUGCAAAUGGAUGGCAAGAAAACACGUAUUUUCAAUACCAAGACACCAGGUAGUUGCAGAGAAAUCGACAGAGAGAAAUACAAAGACUUCACGUUCGAUCACUCGUACUGGUCCUUCGACACGAACGACGAGAAUUAUGCAUCCCAGGAAGAGGUUUUCUAUGACCUUGGAACGGACGUAAUAGAAAGUGCCUUCGAGGGCUACAAUGCCUGUGUCUUUGCCUACGGCCAGACAGGAUCUGGGAAGACCUUUACAAUGAUGGGCACGCCGGAGGCUCAAGGGUUGAUACCACGAAUUUGUAAGACGUUGUUCGCCAGAAUGGCUGCGGGUAAAGAGAGCGGAGCGUCUUAUAGAACCGAGGUAUCCUUCCUGGAAAUACACAACGAGAGAGUGAGAGACUUGCUGCGACUGGACCAGUCACAGUCUCAUUCCCUCCGAGUGCGGGAGCAUCCUAAAAGAGGGCCCUAUGUCCAAGACCUGUCGAGCCACCUCGUGUACGAUUAUUCAGACAUUCAGGAAUGUAUGGUGAGAGGUAACACGCACAGAACUACAGCCAGCACAAACAUGAACGACGUAAGCAGCAGAAGUCACGCGAUUUUUACGAUAACAUUCGUGCAAGCCGGACUCUCUGAGGGCAAUAUGCCGUCGGAGACCGUUUCCAAGGUGCAUCUUGUCGACUUGGCCGGAAGCGAACGUGCAAAUGCAACAGGAGCGACUGGUCAACGACUGAAAGAGGGUGCGCACAUAAACAAGUCACUGGUGACUUUAGGUUCUGUGAUAUCGGCGCUCGCGGAAGUAAGUUCCACGAGCGAUGCUUCUUCCUCCUCGAAGCGAAACGUUUUCAUACCUUACCGCGACAGUGUGCUAACGUGGUUGCUAAAGGAUUCGCUUGGAGGUAAUUCGAAGACUAUCAUGAUAGCUGCUAUUAGUCCGGCAGACUGUAAUUACGGGGAGACGUUGAGUACGCUCAGGUACGCGAACCGAGCGAAAAAUAUAAUUAACAAACCAACAAUCAACGAAGAUCCAAAUGUAAAACUCAUUAGAGAACUCAGGGAAGAGAUACAGAAACUGAAAUCUCUUAUCGGUAAAGACAUGAGCGUUGAAAGGCCACCGCAGGUAUUGUUGGCUCAGAUUCAUGAGAAACAAGAACAGGAGAAAGUGUUGACGGAAGAAUGGACGGAAAAGUGGCGAGAAACACAGCAGAUUCUUCAGGAACAAAAAGCGUUAGGCCUCCGAAAGAGUGGUGUUGGCGUCGUUUUAGACUCUGAGAUGCCGCACUUGGUAGGAAUCGACGAUGAUCUCCUAAGCACCGGUGUCACGUUGUAUCAUCUGAAAGAGGGUAGAACGUUAGUUGGAACAGAGGAGGCACCAACGACGCAGGAUAUCGUAUUAACUGGCGCGGACGUCGAGCCAGAACACUGUGUGGUGGAGCUAGACAGCGGUGUAGCAACCCUUCAUCCCCUUUCUCCCCACUGCUGGAUCAACACUGCCCAAGUGGAUAAACCGACACGUUUGUCGCAAGGUUGUAUCAUUCUUCUGGGCAGGAACAAUAUGUUCCGCUAUAACGAUCCAGCAGAGGCGGCGAAGCUAAGAAAGGAAGGUGGAACGGGUAACGGUAACCUUCAAUCCACGGUCGUCAAUCUUUCAAGAUUAUCCCUCUUGAGCUGGAGUGUCUCGGACUUGCACGCCUCCUCCUCUAGCGAUAACCUUUUAAAUUCGAGCGAAGAUCUCCGGGCACUUGAGGAACUGGAACAGCAGAAGGCUGCUCUUAUCAAGGAAAAGGAAGACUUUAAGAGGGAACAGGAGGAAAGAGAAGAAAGAUGGGCCGCUAGAAGAGAAGCCCUGGAAGGUGCACAACGUGAACUGGAACGCGAAUGGGGCGCCCAAUGGAAAGAGUGGGCUGAUGCGAUAUCAGCCCUUGAAUCACGGCAACGCGAGUUACGCGCAAGACGUCAUGUCCUGGAACAAGAACGACGAGACGAAAUGACGCAAGUAGAAAAUUUAUGUAGGGAAGUUGCCUCACUGCGUACAACAUUGCAAUCCAAGCAUCGUCAGUUUCAAGAGUUCAUGAACAAUCACGAACGCGCUCAAAGAUUCCAUCAAUGGUGGGAGAAGACGGAUGACGGUGCUGGAAGUGAUGGUAGCUUGCCAGAAUCUUGGUCGAGUUUGAACGAUGAUAAAUGCGUUGAUGCUGUCCGAGAACUUGUUAAUCAUCACAAAAAAGAACUGGCUGUCCUGGAAACAGAAUUGCAGAACAAAGUGAAGUCAUUAAAUGAACAUCAGAGUAAGGUAGACAAGAUGGAAGAGGAACUGAUUGAAAUAGCUAGAAAGCAGAAGCACAUGAUCAACCUGGAGUUGGAGGGAGAAGGAAACACAGAGAAGAAAGUGCUGUUAGCAAAACGUUCACAAGAACAGCUGCAAGAAAUCCUGCGACGAAAACAGAGUUUAUCGUUGAACCUGAAGCGCGCUUUACCCGCGUCACCUGGCGAUCAUUCCUCCAGCGGAGAAGAGAUCUUUUCCAAUGGAGACAAUCGAUCGUUCCAGGAUGCUUGCAAUAGGAAACUUCAAAUAGCUUCUGCUUUGAGUCUACUGUCACAAAAUGUACCAAGCUCUAUAGAGACUGCUGACACGUUCCACACAGCUGCGGCUGACUCGCCAGAACCUCGCAUACCUUUCGAAGAACCUCGUGCGAAAGAAUCUCGUAUUCCUUCUGAUAACAACGAGCAAGAAGAAUCUCAAGAAUCGCAGCUUCCUCAGGAGGUUCCCUCGCAGAACGACAAAGCGAAACUGCCUGAAGUGGAAGGCAAAAGCUCGUUGAACCUGAACAGAAAAUCUUCUGCGGAAAUAAAAACAGACAAAUGUAACGGCAGUGCUAACAGUGAAAAGACAGAUUCUAGAUCACCGACUAAUUCAACGAUAGAGGAAGAUUCGAUUCCCCAGGAUUCGCUGGAGUCACCGGUGCAACAAAAUCCAUCGAUGAAACGAUUAAACCAAAGGAUCGCUCGUCAACGAAUGAUGGUAAUGAGGUGUCUGGAGGCCAGCUCACCCUCUAAAGAAGAUCUGAAUAAACAAAUAGCCAUUCUACAAGACCUCCAGAAGCAACAGAUUGAGCUAGAGGUAGCGUUGUUGGAAAACGAACGAAAGAAUGUUAAACGAUCCAACUCUGAAAGCAGUAACGACAGGUUGUCACCGAUCGUUGAUGGAAACGAUCGUGUACAGAACACGGAGACAAGCGCGUGUUGCGAUCUAGAGUCAACGAAUAGCUCUGCCACAUUGGUGGCCGUGGCUACUACACGAUCCCCCAUCCUCAGGAACAACAGGCCUAACACUAACGACGAGGAGAAUCUGUCGGAAUCGGUUGCGCCUCGAAUAUCAUCGGGAAGAGGAUACUCAACGGUUUAUCUCACGAGCCAAAACAGAGGCGAUCGGUUGAGCAGCCCUUAUUCCCUGACAAUCACGAGGUCCCUGCCGUCUUUGAUAGCAAACGACGCCGAUUACGACAGUGUGAUUAAUAUGAUCGUUAGUAUACCCUCUUACGUGAUACGUGGGGCUGGUACGUCCAGCCAUUACGAGUACGAGGUACGUGUCGUGGCCCAAGACGAUAGCUGGACACUUCUACGUAGAUACAGAAGAUUCCGGGAGUUGUAUAUCUCGAUGCGACAGAAAUACGGUAGCAAGGUAGCAGCGAUACGCUUUCCACCACGACAAGUUUUCCCCAAAUACGAAGUGGUGGCACGACAACGUAGAAAACGAUUAGAAGAAUAUUUGCGACGAUUGAUUCAGGUAUGCUCCGAAUUGCCGCACUGCGAAUCUCUCUACAAGUACAACGGCAACUUAAGCAACAUAGAUAAGCAAUCGCUGCUGGAAUUCAGUUCGUUCUUCAGACGCGGAACAUUCGAAAGCAGCAAAUACGGGACGAGUUAAAAGGAAGAACGAUUCCCCUGAGCGUUGGAGAACGAACAGAUUCGAGCGAACGUUUAUAGGAGAUAUUUAUAAUUCGUUAUGUAUUUUUUUAUAAAGAUAAAACCGGAGAUAAGCUAAAGUGGGAAAAAUAUUAGCAAAGUAAUAGUUACCACUUUUUGCGACGAUUAUUAUUGUAUAUUUACCAAAAUGCGUUUCCAAAAGUUUAUUGUUUAUAAGACUGAUAUAUUGUAUAGAUAUAGAUAUAUACAGGGUGUCUUAUAACUCCUGUAACACCCGGAAAUGGGGGGUUGAUGGGGUGAUUCUGAACAACUUUUUCCUUUACCAAAAUGUUGGUUGAAACUUCGUUUUUGAAUUAUUAACGAAAAACACUGACCAAUGAGAGCGCGCGCGCUCAAUCACUAGAACGUUGGCUCUCGACCGCGCUCGAUCCUGGUCGUGAACAAACGCAUUGGGCACAGCGUGGGUUUCGAGGGAAGCGAGCGACUAAUUCCACAUUGUUCUUAAUUUAAGACGACGUAAUACAGUGUGAUUCUCUCGGAGCGCAACACAAUAGCCGCCCACAAAAGACCCAGGAGGUCAAGUCGAGGACCCAAGACUUGGGUCUGGCGACUUGACCUCCUGGGUCUUUUUGCCCGCAAACACAGCAGGGUUCCAUUGUGUGGGACGGCUGUUGUGUUGCGCUGCGAGAGAAUCACCCUGUAUUUAUCACGCGCUUCCUUCGAUACCCACGCUGUGCCAAUGCGUUUGUUCGUGACUACGACCGAGCGCGGUCGAAAGCCAACGCCCUCGUGGUUCAGCGCGCGCUCUUAUUGGCCAGUGUUUUUCGUUAAUAAUUCAAAAACGAAGCUUCAAACAACAUUUUGGUAAAGGAAAAAGUUGUUCAGAAUCACCCCAGCAAUCCCCCAUUUCCUGGUGUUAUGCGAGUUCUGAAACACCCUUUAUACCGCAUAUUUAAUACUUGUUUUGUUUGUAGAAUUAGUAAAGGGUGCCGCGAAAUUAUAUUUAAGAAAUGAAGAUAAUUAUGUAAAAUAGAGUAAACAUUAUUUCAGUGAUUUUGAUAUGAGUUAUGAAGGUCAGUGUCCAAAGGAAACUGACCUUUGUAAUCUGUACCAAGUUGAGACACAGUAUACUUUGUUGUAUAUAAUUAUCCAAACAGAAUCUAACGAGUCUCGAAUUCUAUUCUCGAUAUAGAUUUUCCACGGAAAAUCAUCACGGAUUGCGGAUAUUUUCCUAAUGUUUUUCUCCCGUUAGAAUCGACAAUUUCCAAGUGUACCUUUCCUAGCUUCAGUCUCGAAUGACAUUGAGUUAAAAAUUUUAACAAAUUCGCGCGUCUUUUUCGCUAGAAAUAUUGAUACGUAGCUAGAACAGUAUUGUUAAAAAAUACGCACGAAAUAAGAAUAAUUUUUGCUGUGCGCACAACCAUGGUGACCAUAAAUAACGUCGAGCAUUUAUGCUCGUGAUAAUAAUUAGGAUUCAUAAAUGAUCGCGUUUAUUUUUUCGUCAGAACAGCGUCUUUUACACAUCGUCGUCACGACUGAGAUUCGAAUAGAUAUUUAGAAUUUAAAACAAAAAGAGUAAAAAAAAGUGAACUUCCUCCUAGCAUGUAGUUAUAAACAUAUUGAAUUAUCAUAAUUUUACGAAGUGCAAAGAAUAUCAUAUCGCUGUUGAAGUUCUUCCGGUUCCGGGGAUUUAUAUUAUAUAUAUAUAUAUAUUGUAUAUGUAUACACUGCAUUUCGCGGCAAAGUUUGUAAACAGAGGACAGUGAUGUUAAAAAACAGUUAUGCAAUGCUUACGAUAAAUGAGAUGGAAAACCAACGCUAUCUUUGACAUCGUCGAUUAUUCUUGGCAAAAUGUUUAUCCGCUUAUUUAUAAAACCGCUUUCUGAAAAGAAAUAAACAAACAAAUGGCGUGGAUUUACCUUUCACAGUGCAAAGAAAUAUAUAUGCUUUUCUAAAGUCCAAGGGAGUAUACAAUGUAACAAUAAAAAGGAAAGAAAAGAAAAAAGAGAACGUGUCAUUUUGCCUUGAAUUCUCAAAGUGGUGAAAAUAAUAUUUCUUAAACUUGUACUUGAAUUCCUGUUGGUUAAUGUCGAAUGAAACUCAUAGCAAUACUUAUUGUCAUUGAAGUGAGUAUCUUAAAGCUUGUGAUCAAUGAUGAAUGAUACUUAUUCUAUGGCUGUGUAUAAGCGGACUUCAAACCCCAAGGAAUAAUCCUGGACGGCUAGUGGUACUAGUAAUUUGUAGCCGCGAGGUUAUGUACAUUUAGCAAAUUGUUUAGAUAAAUAUUAUACCUCAUAUUUCAUAUUGUUUCCGGUAAAAGAACGGACCGAUCAUCAACUGCUUUUUUUAUACUUGAUCUAUGCGAUCUAUGUUCUCUAAAUGUAACGACACACAAUAAAUUCUCAUAGCUCAAUCCAUUUAA